UUGCCGGUCUUCAUCUGUUAGUCUGUCACUCAGGAUCCAUGAGGGGGUGGAUACACACACACACACUAGCAAAACGAUGCAUGUGAGUGAGUGUCUAAGAGGAUGGGGGAAUGCUUGAGUAUAAAUAUACCACCGUGAGCACUGAAAGCAUCACAUAUCAGAAGGAGUGCAGAUACUGACUGGAGUCACCGGAGCUAUCCUCUUUGUGCACAAUGAAGUCUCACCUAUGGUCUGUAGUGUUGCUGUGCUUAUUCGCACACGUGUUGUGUGACUGCCAGAAUGACUGUAUGACAUGCAAAAAACACUUGUAUCAACGUGACAACUUCAACACGCUGGUUUGCAUUGUGGAAUGUGAAGGGAAGAUUUAUUCGAGUACAAUGUGGGCGGCCUGUAAAACCGUCUUAAUUAAGUCUUCGAUACAACUCAGCCUCAACAGCUUUGAGGAAGAUUUUAAACCUUUCAACAUGGACGACAGCCAGUUUGCAACUAAUUUUAAAAGGCUAGGUGAUCUCACUAAAGUGGUGGACCUCAGUAACAUCAAUGAUGAGAAGAGGAUGUCCAAGAUAAGCAACCUUAUUCGUGAACAAGGAGAGGAAGACACCACGAUUGAUGGAGGAGAGACAACACUUGGAAUGACCAAUGAGCCAGAUGAAUUCGGAGACUUUCAGAACCCUUCGAGUGCUAUGUCCAAAAGAUUUGGAGGCUUUGUAAAAGGGAAAUACAGUUACCGGAAAUUUAUGGGUCCUUCGAAGGAUCUCCAAAAACGCUACGGGGGUUUCAUUGGUGUUAGGAAAUCGGCCAGAAAAUGGAACAAUCAGAAGAGGUUUAGCGAAUUUCUAAGGCAGUACCUGGGGAUGUCUACACGCUCUGCUGAAUAUGACAGCUACACCAAUGACAUGAACGAACUGAAUGAGCAGAACGAAAUUUAAGACUCUGGUUCAUCAAGGCACAUAGUUAUUUGAUUUAGAACUAACAAGGUAGAAAGUCAACCUACACCUCAGAGUAUGAUUUAGGAUUUUUUACCCCAGAAUCUCCAGGGAAAAUAUAUGUCAUGGCUAGGGGAUGUUCUUCUAACUUCCCAAAUCAUGAAUUGUGAAACACAUGUAGGUAAUGCUUUGGGGACUCUUUUUGCAGAUAGAAAAAGAAAGAGCAGAGACACUAACAGCAAAAAAGAGAAACAAGAUAA